UUUACACACAUGUGUGUUAUGCCUUCAUAAAUAUCAAUAUUUUUCAGAAUUUUUUGAAACAUAAAAUAUGAAUUUUAAUGAAAUUUAAAUUUUGAAUUUGGAGGUCUCCUUGGGGGCCGGACUCCAAAAGCAAUUUUCAUUUAAUAAUGUGUUUAAGCCUUUAGGUUGAUGGCUGCAUCGCCAAGUUCCGUCUGGUUCAAGUGUGGAGACAUGACACAAGACAAGAGAGCUAGUACAAGCUACGAAUAUGACCUGUUCAAACCAUACAGAGAAAUUAAAAGAGAGGCCAUACAGAGAAAUUAAAAGAGAGGGUGAGAUCUAUUAGUUGGCCGUCACAGGAAGGCCGGCCAGGAACACGCUUUAGACUUGGGAAUUAGAAAGCUAGUGAAGACCAUUUCCUUCCACAUGCGCACCAACAAAACAAACACAAAAGAUCUUCCUCCAUGUCCCUAUAUAUACUGGUCUCCUCCAACCCUUUGAAGCAUCACUGUGCAGCCCGAGCGCAAGCAGUUCUUCUCUCUUCUCUACCUGAUCAAACACACUUGAUUUAGUGAGAAUCAACGUUCGCAUCCAAAUGGCUUCAAAGUUUUUCCUCCUUGCCCUGUUGGCUUUGUCAGCUUCUCAUGCUCUUGCCUCUGACCCGGGCCAGCUUCAGGAUUUCUGCGUCGCUGACAAGACAUCUCAAGUUUUUGUCAAUGGAUUCGCAUGCAAAGACCCAAAGACCGCAGUGGUAGAGGACUUCUACUUCUCUGGCCUCCACAUGGUCGGGAACACGAGCAACAAGCAAGGCUCCGUUGUGACUGCAGUUAACGUGGCACAGAUUGCCGGGUUGAACACUCUGGGUGUCUCAUUGGCGCGUGUUGAUUAUGCACCCUAUGGUCAAAACCCACCGCACCUUCACCCUCGUGCAACCGAGAUCCUAACAGUGUUGGAAGGCUCACUCUAUGUUGGUUUCGUGACUUCGAACCCUGAGAACAAGUUGUUCUCAAAAGUUUUGAACAAAGGGGAUGUGUUUGUGUUUCCGCAAGGGCUGAUUCACUUUCAGUUCAACAUCGGAAACAACGAAGUGAUAGCCAUUGCGGCGCUGAGCAGCAAGAACCCUGGAGUGAUCACCAUAGCCAAUGCGGUUUUUGGAUCCAAGCAAACCAUCUCAGAUGAUAUCCUGGCCAAAGCCUUCCAGGUGGACAAGAACAUCGUAGACCAUAUCCAAGCUCAAUUCUAGAUUGACAUACAUCUGGUGGUUUGAUUCAUUUGUUCCUUAACUAAACAUUCAUUAUGUGUGUUUCUUUACGAUAUCGUUCUAUUUGUAUGGUUAUGUUAAUUGAGAUUACAGAAGAAAAGGAACAAUAAUAUGUGGAUUAUGUACAACGUGUGGCCAAGGCAAAGAGACCUAGUGGUGACCAGACAUCUCGUGCAUGCACACGGACAAUUCAGCUCUCAAGUAUAUCUGUAUAUGGUCACACUAACUGCUGAAGUGCUGAUCAGCAAGAAAAGCAGAGAUACUGAUCAUUGGUGUGUGCAAAGAUGUAAGCUAAUAAAGAACGAAAAUGUUAUUGUGUUGUUG